AUGUACUCAGUCAGCCCAGCGCAAACUGAAUUAUUUCAUUUAAGGUUGCUUUUGAUUUGCACUAAAGGUGCUACAAGCUAUGAAAAUUUGCGAACAGUUGAUGGAAUUGUACAUGAAACAUAUGUUAGUACGUGUUUAGCAUUGGGUUUAAUAGAGGAUGAUAAUGAAUGGAAAAAUGCCAUGCAUGAAGCAGAAGUUUGGAUGAUGCCUCUCCAAUUACGACAAUUAUUCGUACGAAUUUUACUUCAUUGCCAUCCUAUCCAUCCAGAAGAGUUGUGGGAAGAAUUUAAAGAUGCACUGUCUCAAGAUUAUUCUAGAUCAAUGCCAUUGCAUCAAGCACACAGAACUGCCUACAUUAAAAUAAAUACAUUAUUACAGAAUGAAAGGUCGAGCUUGAAGGAUUUCCCCUCAAUGUCACAAAUUACAGAAAUUGAGAAUGAUGAUACUGAAAUUUCACUUGAACAGCACAAAGAUACUGGGUCAAGACAAUAUGAAUUACUUAAUGAUGAACAAAAAGCAGUCGUUGAUACUAUUUUGAAAAGAGCUGUAGAUGUUAACAGCACUGCAUCAAAAUGUUUCUUUAUUAAUGGACCUGGAGGAUCUGGAAAAACUUACAUUCAUACAACUUUGUAUCAUUUACUGCGCAGUCUAAGUAAAAAUGUAAGCACUAUGGCCUAUACUGGUAUUGCAGCAACUUUACUUCCAGGUGGAAAAACGGUUCACGAAACAUUCAAAAUUCCAAUUGCUUUAUAUAGUGAUUCUUCAUUAACUAUUACAGCUCAAUCAAAAGAAGCUGAUUAUUGCAGGAAGAUGGAUGUUAUAAUGUGGGAUGAAGCACCAAUGUCACCCAAAUAUGCAUUGGAAUUCGUAGAUCGAACUUUGCGUGACGUAAUGAAUAAAGAUGAACCGUUUGGAGGAAAAAUAUUGAUUCUUGGUGGCGAUUUUCGACAAUUGCUACCAGUAAAAAAAAAUGCAACUCGUGGUGAAUUUGUUGAUUUGUCGAUUAAAUUUACUCAUUUGUGGCCAUAUUUUACUGAGUACACAUUGACUAAAAAUAUGCGAACACGCCCAGGAGAAGUUGAAUUCAGUAAGUAUUUAUUAACAGUAGGUGAUGGCACAGCAAAUUAUAAUGAUUCUGAUUUAAAUCUACCAGACCAUUGUAUCGCACCACGUGAGGCUGAUAUAGCUGAAGAUGUUGACGGGCAAGUUAUAAAAAAUAAAGAAUAUGGUAAAUUAGAAAACUGGGCUAUUUUAUCGGCCGGAAAUGUCGAUGUAGACGAUAUCAACAUGAGAGUUGUUGAAUUAUUAGAUAAAUCAACAGAAAAAAUUUAUUCGAGUAUAAACAGUAUUAAAAACUGUGACAAUGGUGAUAUUUCUGAAACCCUAUUACCAGAAUUUUUAGAAACUUUGAAUCCCUCAAAUUUACCUCCUCACAAAUUACGAUUAAGACAAAACACUGUAGUUAUGUUGAUUAGAAAUUUAUCUGUUAAUGAAGGGCUAUGUAAUGGAACGAGAUUGCAAGUAUUAGAUUGUUCAAAUCAUUUACUGAGAUAA